AUGCGGACGCUGUCGCCCCGCGCGCUGUUCUGGAUCUCGGAGGCAAGCUAUGUUGCUUUGGCACUCAUCACGGGAUGUUUCUUUGCAGGUUCCCUCGCUUCCUUACUCUCACAGGCAGUCAGGACCGCACCGACUAGGUCGUGGAGGAAUAACUGGAACGCAGUUUGCAUAGCCGCCACCUAUCUCUUAGUGUUCCUGGUCUCCAUAACAUUGUGUGUAAGGCGUCGAGUGGCGGUCAGGAGAAGGCUGCAGCGGAUAUCGAAGGUCUACACUACAGUUAACCGGACCCAAGCCCCCAAGGCGAUCCGCGAGUACAUUUCCCAAGAGUUUUCUCGGGCUUGCCUAGUGUCGUACGAGUGUCAACCUCGACAUAUCAUUCACCCGGGCUGGGGUAGACCAGGUACCGAGUACUCUGGAAUUCGCUUCCGGCGUGCAUUGCUGGAUACCAUCGCUGACAUUGAUGCCAAGGCACACUUGGUUAUUCCCAGCCAUCCACGACUGAAACCUCAUGCUCGCAUGCUGCACCAUUUUCGAUUCAUCCUUCUCUUAUUACCAAAAGACGGGGAUGGAUUCACAUCCCUUCAUUACUAUGACUCCGCAAUACAGCUGGCGCGGACGUCCCAUAGGGAGCCCACUGAAGAAGAAUUCCUGAUCGGUAUGCUAGCCGCAAACGAAAUAGGAAAAAUAUUAAAUGAGUGUCGAGUCGAGAUGCUGGAGGAUUCAAGCGUUCGGCUGACUUCUCCAAUGGCCUGAUCAUUGGAUUGGUGAGGCAUGAAACCAUCGUACAGUAUUGUAAUAUGCGAUGUGUUCUUAACUAAUAAGUUUCUCUCCCACUUACUCUAUUAUUCUAACAUGUGGAAUACCUUGGGGGGGGCUGACACGUCGGGGUCUGUAUUAGCCUCGAAGGCAUACACGUUCUUCAGUACUGUAGAUAACAGAAGGCCCGCGCCUAAUAUGCAUCGGACGAGGUGCAGCACCAUGAACGGGGGUUCACUACCUUUGCGGUAGUGAACGAACACACCUUGACUCGCCAUCCGUUUCAAGUCAGCUCGUUGCUAGUGCCACAGCAAUUGCUUGAUGAGAGACAGGGUGGCAUUCAACAAGAUACGUUCGCGAAGACGCAGCAUCUGCCUGAAGGCGUGCCUCCGAUUUGUUAUUAGGGCGACACGGCGCAACCUUAUGGCAAGAGGCAUG